CGCCCCCUCCGAGACGCGAGGCUUCUCCCUUUGCCCGUCCUCAGGAUUCCCCGGCGGGCCUGCAACUUGUCCCCCACACCCCCCGAGACUUUAUCCCCGGAGAAACCCCUCCCGACCUCCCCCCUUUCCCCCGAGUGGAUGCCCUAUGACUGGCCAGAGUUUGGAGUCGGACUUGUGCGUCCCUCUCGGAGCAGCGCUUGCUGGGGGUGGGGUGGGGACUGGGAUGUUGUUGUAAAAUGCAAGUUGGAUAGAAAGACGACUUCUCGCCAAGGGCCCCAAUGAGUGGCACACAGUCUACUAUCACGGACAGGUUUCCCCUCAAAAAACCUAUAAGGCAUGCAAGUAUUUUGACCCGAGAGUCUCCAACAGACAAGAAGCAGAAAGUUGAACGCAGUACAUCACAUGACUUUGACCCCACAGACAGCUCCUCCAAGAAGACAAAGUCUAGUUCAGAGGAGAGUAGAUCGGAGACGUAUGGUCUUGUUCAGCGCUGUGUGAUUAUCCAGAAAGAUGACAAUGGAUUUGGGCUGACGGUCAGUGGAGACAAUCCGGUCUUCGUACAGUCUGUUAAAGAAGAUGGAGCAGCCAUGCGGGCUGGAGUACAAACAGGUGAUCGAAUCAUCAAGGUAAAUGGAACUCUAGUUACUCAUUCAAACCAUUUGGAAGUGGUGCAGCUUAUCAAAUCGGGUUCCUAUGUAGCUCUCACUGUUCAGGGACGCCCACCUGGGUCGCCCCAGAUUCCAUUAGCUGAUUCUGAAGUGGAGCCAGCAGCCUUUGGACAUAUGUCUCCCAUCAUGACAUCCCCCCAUUCACCUGGAACAUCUGGAAAUACGGAAAGAAUCACCAGCCCAGUGUUGAUGGGGGAAGAAAACAAUGUAGUUCACAACCAGAAAGUGGAGAUUCUGAGGAAGAUGCUGCAGAAAGAGCAGGAGCGGCUACAGUUGCUGCAAGAAGAUUACAGCCGCACACCUGCUCAACGAUUGCUUAAGGAGAUCCAGGAGGCCAAGAAACACAUCCCUCAGUUGCAGGAGCAGUUAUCCAAAGCAACCGGCUCUGCUCAGGAUGGAGCUGUAGUUACAUCCAACAAGACUUCUGGUGACUCCCUUCUACUCAGUGAAAUAGAAGCAGACAGUGGUGAUGGGUUGGGCAGAAUUGAUUAUGGCAGUGGAGAUGGUUCUCGACCCAAUAGUGACAUUGCAGACAGUCCUAGAGGUGUCUUGAAGGAAAGGAUUUAUCUAGAAGAAAGCCCAGAGAAAAGUGAGAUGAUGCCAGAUAAUGACACUCAAUCAAACAUUGGGAGUCCCUUAAUUCGCACAGCACCUCAGAUCAUUGGAGCAGAGGAUGAUGACUUUGGCACUGAACAUGAACAGAUUAAUGGACAAUGCAGCUGCUUCCAAAGUAUUGAACUUCUGAGAUCCCGCCCUGCUCACCUAGCUGUGUUCUUACACCAUGUGGUUUCACAGUUCGACCCUGCAACAUUGCUCUGUUAUCUUUAUUCAGACUUGUACAAACAGACCAACUCCAAGGAAACUCGGCGCAUCUUCCUUGAGUUUCACCAGUUCUUCCUGGACCGAGCCGCACACUUGAAGGUUUCUGUUCCAGAUGAAAUAUCUCUAGACCUGGAAAAAAGAAGGCCAGAACUUAUACCUGAAGAUUUGCACCGACAUUAUGUCCAAACUAUGCAAGAUAAAGUCUAUCCUGAAGUUCAGAAGCACUUGGAAGACUUUAGGCAGAAACGUAGUAUGGGGCUAACCUUAGCUGAAAGUGAACUGACCAAACUUGAUGCAGAGCGAGACCGUGACCGGGUAACCCUGGAGAAAGAACGGGCAUGUGCAGAGCAGAUCAUUGCCAAAAUUGAAGAAGUGUUGAUGACAGCUCAAGCUGUUGAAGAAGACAAGAGUUCAACAAUGCAGUAUGUGAUCCUCAUGUACAUGAAGCAUUUGGGAGUCAGAGUAAAAGAGCCUCGGAAUUUGGAGCAUAAGCGAGGUCGCAUUGGGUUUCUGCCAAAAAUCAAGCAAAGUAUAAAGAAAGAUAGGGAAGGUGAAGAAAAAGUGAAGAGAAGAGGAUUCCCAAACAUUUUAGGACCCCCAAGGAGGCCAAGCCGUCAUGACAACAGUGCAAUUGGCAGAGCCAUGGAACUACAAAAACAGCGCCAUCCCAAGCACUUAUCCACACCCUCUUCAGUGAGUCCUGAACCUCAGGACUCUGCUAAAUUGCGCCAGAGUGGGAUCUCCAGUGAUGUAGCAGAUGUUAUAUAUAUGCCUGCUAAUCCCAUGUCUUCUUUGACUUCAGGGACUAGUGCCUCCCAAGAGGGAGGAAAAGAGAAUGAAAUGGGGUCAAAACAGAUUGGAGAAGCACCAGCUUCUGGAGAUUCUACAGAUGGUACACCACGAACUCCCAAUACAGUCUUUGAUUUCCCAGCUCCGCCAUUAGAACAACUGCAGGAGGAGGAAGGUGAAGUAGAAAGGUUACCUGAACAUGGAACACCAAAAUCUUUCCGAAAGCUUGAUAGUAUAGCUUUUGGGGAAAGUCAGAGUGAAGAUGAACAGUUUGAAAAUGAUUUAGAAACGGACCCACCAAAUUGGCAGCAGCUUGUUAGCAGAGAGGUGCUACUAGGGCUAAAACCUUGUGAGAUCAAAAGGCAGGAAGUGAUCAAUGAGUUGUUCUACACUGAGCGAGCUCAUGUCCGCACACUGAAGGUCCUAGAUCAGGUGUUCUACCAGCGAGUGUCCCGAGAGGGGAUUUUGUCAUCAUCAGAACUGAGAAGAAUCUUCUCCAACCUAGAAGAGAUUCUUCAGCUUCACAUUGGAUUGAAUGAACAAAUGAAAGCUGUUCGAAAGAGGAAUGAGACUUCUGUAAUUGAUGAGAUUGGAGAAGAUUUAUUGAUCUGGUUCAGCGGAGCAGGAGAGGAGAAGUUGAAACAUGCAGCUGCCACCUUUUGUAGUAACCAGCCUUUUGCCCUGGAAAUGAUCAAGUCUCGUCAGAAAAAGGACUCUAGAUUCCAGACUUUUGUGCAGGAUGCUGAGAGUAAUCCACUGUGCCGUCGACUGCAGCUAAAGGAUAUUAUUCCUACUCAAAUGCAGAGGCUCACUAAAUAUCCCCUUCUGCUGGAUAAUAUUGCUAAGUACACAGAACGGCCAAAGGAAAGAGAAAAGGUGAAGAAAGCAGCAGAUCACUGUCGUCAAAUCCUAAAUUAUGUGAAUCAAGCUGUCAAGGAGGCAGAGAACAAACAGCGCUUAGAAGAUUACCAGCGUCGCCUUGAUACAUCUAACUUGAAGCUGUCAGAGUAUCCAAAUGUUGAAGAGCUCAGGAAUUUGGAUUUAACAAAGAGGAAGAUGAUUCAUGAAGGACCGUUGGUAUGGAAGGUGAAUAGAGAUAAGACUAUUGAUCUGUACACAUUGUUGCUGGAGGACAUCCUUGUAUUGUUACAAAAGCAGGAUGAUAGACUGGUGUUGAGGUGUCAUAGUAAAAUUCUAGCAUCUACAGCAGAUAGCAAACACACAUUCAGCCCUGUGAUCAAAUUGAAUACCGUGUUGGUUCGACAAGUUGCGACAGAUAACAAAGCAUUAUUUGUCAUCUCUAUGUCAGAUAAUGGAGCCCAAAUUUAUGAAUUGGUGGCACAGACAGUUUCUGAAAAGGCAGUCUGGCAGGACUUGAUUGGCAGGAUGGCCCUCUCAGUAAAGGAACAGUCCACAAAGCCCAUUACACUACCAGAGUCACCCCCCUGCGAAGGUGAGCGUGAUGAAGAAGAAGCUUCAAAGGUGAAGGAGGAAUCACAUGGUGUUUCUACCUCUAGUCUUCAAAGUCCAGAAAAACACAUGGGAACAGAUACUCCUUUAAUAUCAAAACAUCAGUCCCCUUCAUCAGUUACCUCUGGGAAAUCAGAGAUCAAUGAUCUACUGGCUGAAAGACAGUUUGAAAAGGAACAAGCAGAAGAGACAUCUAAAGAGUCUGGAAUGGACUAUCAGAGCACUAUCCCAGAGCCACGUUUCCCUGUCUCUGAAGAGCGGUGGGCAUUGGACGCACUGAGGAACUUGGGUCUGUUGAAGCAGUUGCUGGUACAGCAGCUAGGUUUGACUGAGAAGAGGACUCAUGAAGACUGGCAGCAUUUCCUAAGGUUUAGGACAGCCUCUCAGGGGGUACAGGUAGAAAGUCCAGGUGUGAUCCAAAAUGUCCUAGACCACUCUGAAAAUAGUAAGACCAGACAACCUGGUGAAGGACAGAUGCCCCUCCAAACCGUAACUGGUGAAAUUGCUGCAUAUUACAGCCCAAGGACUUCAAUUGAAUCCCCAGUUCCACAGGAUUAUAUGGAACUGGCAUCUCAAGAUAGCAGGGCAAGUAAUGUUUUAGUCAUGGACCACAUGAUCAUGACCCCAGAGCCGUCUAGCGCAGAGCUAGAAGGGGGUCCUGAUGACAGCGGAGAGCACUUUUUUGAUGCCCGUGAAGCCCAUAGUGAUGAUAAUCCUUCAGAAAGUGAUGGGACAGAAAGAAAGGAAGAGGAUGCUCUUCAGUCACGGAUCUCAGGAAACAUUGUGAUCCUCGAUGGCUUUGAAACAGUGCAGGAGAGCUCUACGGAGGAGGAAGUUGGUUCAGGCCUCCCUUCUGUGGGUUGGGCUCACCAGCAGCAGCCUCUCCACCAUCCCCGGUCUGAUGGAGGGGGUUCUUCAUUGACCCCUGAAUUCCUAGUCCAGCAGCGCUGGGGAACUGGGGAGGAGUCUGGCUUCAGUGCCCAGAGUCCCUCUUCCACUGCAGACUCACACAGCCAAAUCAUGCAGUACAUUCGGAAGAUAGAGGCUGACCUUGAACACUUAAAGAAGGUGGAAGAAAGUUACAUGACUCUUUGCCAAAGGCUGGCUGGAUCAGCCCUCACAGAGGAGCACUCAGAUAAAAGUUAAAGCCACAGUUGUUAUUGGUGGCUGAAGGUUGGAUUCUGAGCCUCGGCCUUGCACCACCACAUCCUGGCUCCAAA